AUGUCAGAGAAAGAGGAGCGGCCUUCGCUCCGACCAGUCGCAUUUGCAGCAGUUGUCUUCUCGACUGUUGCGUUGACGAGCUGCCUUCUCACAUUUCCGAUGAUUCUGCACUAUGUGCAGACACUUGAAUCUCAAGUUCAGCUUGACCUUGAAUAUUGUCAAGCUCGAGCUCGCGACAUGUGGAAGGAAAUGCUGAACAUUGAGACUGGUGGAAGACGUGAUGUCGCAAAGCUUGCUGAUAUAGUGAUGAGUCAUAGAAGACUGGAGAAAAGAGACACUCUUGCCGACUUCUGGGCUCGUCGUCUGCAUGAUCAAGAGCUUCGCGACGAACCAGUUGGGUAUGACACUCCAUCUGCUGCCGUGGAGACUGCUGCUGCUGUUGGAGGAGGAGCACAAGGAUGCUGCACAUGCAAUCGCGGACCACCAGGCCCCCCAGGAGAUCCAGGACGAGACGGUAUCGACGGACUCGACGGCACUCCAGGUGACAUCGGACCUCCUGGACCACCAGCUCCCCCUGGUCCCGACGCAUCCACAUUAUUCCCACCGCAAUGCCCUUGUGAGGCACCCCCCGGCGAACCAGGACCGAAAGGACAACAAGGCCCUGAUGGCCCGCCGGGACCUCCCGGACCCACUGGGCCAACUGGACGUCCAGGACCGCCUGGUGAACCAGGGACGUAUAAGACCGAAGUGGGACCGCCCGGUAGACCUGGAGCACCUGGACGUCCUGGACCACCUGGACAACCGGGACCUCCUGGAGGACCUGGUAAUGAUGGUAAGCCUGGCCCACAAGGUCCACCCGGAAUGACUGGACCACCCGGACAGCCAGGACAAAAUGGACAACCUGGACCUCCGGGACCAAAUGGAGAUAAUGGAGCACCGGGAUCCUGCGAGCAUUGUCCUCCAGCUAGGCUUGCCCCAGGAUAUUAA